AUCAUCUUUGGCCUCUCUCGGAAAAAUUCCUCCUUUUUUUCAAAACUUUUCUGCUUCUCUACUCCUUGUCUCCUCCAUGGCGGCCAACGGCGCGGCGGCUCUUCCAUGCUCGCCGAACAAGAGGAGAGGCGCCGGCGGCGGCGGCGCCGCGGCGAACUCGUCGGCGGGGGCAACGGAAAUGGGGGUGGAUGUUCUGAAGAAGAUUGUGAGGCGAAUAAAGCCCUUUGAGCAAGUCGGCUUACUCGGCUUCUUCUUCUUCACUUCCGCCCUGUUCCUUCUUCUGAUACUCUGCUUCUUGUACUCUGGAAAUAGCGUUGAGAUCGCUCACCGUGCCGGCGAUGGCGUCGGGUUCGGCCGGGGGUGGCGGUUAGGGUUGGAGGGUGAGGUGAGGGAGACGGCGAGCGGCGGCGGAGAGUGUGAUUUGUUUGAGGGGGAGUGGAUUUGGGACGAAAGUUAUCCGCUUUAUAAUUCGACGGAUUGCGCGUUUAUUGAUUUAGGGUUUCGGUGCUCUGAAAAUGGAAGACCUGAUAAUUUCUACUCCAAAUGGAGAUGGAGGCCGUCUCGUUGCGAGCUUCCUAGAUUUGAUGCCAAGAAGAUGUUGGAGAAAUUACGGGGUCGUCGGCUUGUAUUUGUCGGCGACUCCAUCGGAAGGAACCAAUGGGAGUCCAUGCUCUGCAUGCUGUCUUCGGCCGUUCCUGACAAAACGUCCAUCUACGAAAUGAAUGGAAAUCCUAUUACAAAACACAACGGAUAUCUAAUUUUCAAAUUCAAGGACUAUAAUUGCACGGUAGAGUAUUUCCGAAGCCCGUUUCUUGUGGUUCAAGGCCACGCGCCUUAUGGAGCUCCGAAGAAGGUGAAAACUACGUUAAGAUUGGAUACCAUCGAAUGGACGUCCAACAAGUGGAGAGAUGCUGAUGUGCUAAUAUUUAAUAGUGGUCAUUGGUGGAACUAUGAGAAGACUAUUAGAGGGGGGUGUUAUUUCCAAAUUGGUGAUAAGGUGUACAUGAAUAUUACAGUGGAUGGUGCCUAUCAGAGAUCAAUUAAGACACUAUUUGAUUGGAUACAAAGAGAAGUUAAUACAACAAGCACUCAAGUCAUCUUUCGAACCUAUUCCCCCGUCCAUUUCAGUGGUGGAGAUUGGAAAUCUGGAGGAAAUUGUCACAUGGAGAAAUUACCUGUACUGGGCAACUCCCACGUCUCCCUGAAACCAUGGUCCAAGUUCCUGAAGCCAUUCAAGAGCUUAAAUUCAGAUAAAUCUAAAGAGAACAAGCUCCCGAAGAUAGAGCUGCUGAAUAUUACCAACAUGACGGCCAGAAGAAAAGAUGGCCAUCUCUCCCUCUUCUAUCUCGGCCCGUUGGUUCGCGCCCCGCUGUUUAGACAGGACUGCAGCCAUUGGUGCUUGCCUGGAGUUCCUGAUGCCUGGAAUGAGCUUCUUUAUGCUCUCUUCUUGAGGAGAGAAUCUGUGGAAAAUUUAUAGCUUUACAGACCCCUCAGUAUAGCUGAAAGUAAGAGAAAUUUCUCUCAUAGCAGAUAGAAGAUUGUAGGAGGAGGAAAGCAAUUGUAGAUGAGCUGUGAAGUGUAUAUAUAGUUCGAAUAUUUAAAUGCAAAUUGGUUUGAAGGGGGUGGAACUAAUGUGCAUGUAGUUGUUAGAAGGGGAAAGUUGCAUACAUACCACACAAUUCUUAUGUAUUGAUAUAUUUAACACCUAAAGUUUAAUACAUUGAUGUUAUCAAUCUUUGUAUGGAAAGGUGUAUUGUGGUAUUUUUUAUGUGAUAUUAAAUUUUUGAGUGUUAUGCAAGUAAAUAUGAAAAAGGUUAGGGUCUAUUUGAGGCAGCUGCAAUUUAUUGAAUAAUCUGCUGAUAAACUGCUGAUCAGCAACUUAUCCAGAUAAGUUGGCUGGUUGUUUGAAAACAGUUGAUUUGCAAUUUUUUGUUGAUAAAUGACUAU